AUGUUUGUCUCAGCUGUCCUGCUGCUUCUCUGCCUUUGCUUCGUCCUCCUUCAGCUGAAACCACGGAGGCCGAAGAACUUUCCCCCCGGACCUCCCAGCCUGCCCAUUGUGGGGAACGUUUUACAGCUGAGCCUCAGGAACCCUUUGAAUGACUUUGAGAGGCUGAGGAAGUCUUAUGGAAACGUCUACAGCUUGUUCAUCGGAGCCAGACCAGUGGUGGUCCUCAGCGGUGUGAGAGCCAUAAAAGAGGCUUUGGUAACCAGGGGGACCGACUUCGCUGGAAGACCACAAGACCUAUUUGUCAACGAUGUUACAAGGAGGAAAGGAGUGAUUUUUGUAGAUUAUGGCUGCAGUUGGAGGGAGCAUCGUCGCUUUGCCCUCACCACCUUGAAGAACUUUGGGAUGGGGAGGAAUUCAAUGGAGGACAGGAUUCAUGAUGAGCUCCAGCACACUGUUGAAUCUCUGGAAAACGGCAUCGGUGACACCCUGAGGCCACAGGGGCUGCUUCAUAAAACAUCCUUUAACAUCAUCAGUCAGAUGCUGUUCGCUACCCGCUAUGAUCACGAGGACGAGAUCCUCAACGCUUUUGUCUCUUACAUCAAGGAGAAUACAAAAAUAGGCAACGGGCCGUGGUGUGUGAUUUAUGACUCUUUUCCCAAACUUCGUAACCUGCCACUGCCCUUCAAAAAGGCCUUUGAGAAUUUUGAGAACAUCUCAAAGGUCGUAGUUGGUUUGGUGAGUGAGCACAAGAAGACCAGGGUCCCUGGAGAGCCGCGGCACUUUGUAGACUGUUACCUGGAUGAAAUGGACAAGAAAAGAGACGAUUCUUCUUUUUCAGAGGAAGAAUUCACAACGUACGCUCUGGAUCUUCUCACCGCAGGAAGCGACACGGUCUCCAGCACCCUGCUCACUGCAUUUCUUUACCUGAUGAGCUACCCACACAUACAAGAGCGAUGCCAGCAGGAGGUCGACCGGGAGCUGGGGGGUAAGGAGAGGGUCGACUUUGACGACAGAUACAACAUGCCUUACACCCAGGCUGUGAUCCAUGAAGCGCAGAGAGUCGCCAAUGUCGCUCCUCUCAGCAUCUUCCACUGCACCAUCAAAGACACAGAGCUCAUGGGGUAUUCCAUUCCAAAAGGUACCAUGAUCAUCGAGAACUUGACCUCAGUGCUGAAUGAAGAAGGCCAGUGGAAGUUUCCUCAUGAAUUCAGCCCUGAAAACUUCCUGGAUGAGCAGGGACAGUUUGUUCAGCCAGAAGCCUUCAUGCCUUUCUCUGCAGGUCCUCGGGUUUGUCUCGGAGAGAGUCUGGCUCGUAUGGAGCUCUUCCUCAUCCUGGUCACUCUGCUGAGGAAGUUUAAGUUCAUCUGGCCGGAAGACGCAGGAGAACCAGACUUCACUCCGGUCUACGGGAUCACCAUGACGACCCAGCCGUAUCGCAUGAAGGUCCAGCUCCGGUCGACUCAGUGAAGGUGGUCCAAACACGCCACACAUGGACAAUUUCUGAUUAUCACACAACACUCUGUGCUUUUAUUCAGGAAAGUCGCAUCCUGAUACGGGUUUGUCAAUAUUUUCACCCUGUUCUGCUUUCUGUCUGUAUGUUAACAAAAUCUGCAUUUGUAAUUGAAACAAAGUGCAUAAUA